AGAAUCCACGCUUGCUGUCACAGGGACGCUGGGCAUAAUUGCUGUAAAAGGGCAAGAUGGCUCGGAAGCGCGAUUCCAAUGUGGACACCAGGUGAAUAAUACUGUCAGCGUGGCAUCAAAUGCCAUUUCCUGGCAUUCAAUCGAUCUCGUUUUCCAAAAGAUCACUGCGUCCUCUUCGUUUUCCUGGCCUGCGAAUGCGGAAACCUGCGUUGUUUUCGAGGGGCCAGAUGCCCAGCAGCAGCAAACGGUCGAUCCCCAACAUUUUGGAACAGCAGACGGGUUUCGGCUUGUGCUCGACGGUCUUUCCGAGGCUGCUAGAGCAGGCCAGAGUGUGGUUCGGUUGAUCUUACCACAAACUCGCGGGUACAUUGCACGGUCUGACAUCGUCCCUUUACGUCUUCUCGACUGUCCCCUGGUGACUACCGCCCUGGCUCUUGCGAAACCCUUACAGUACUUUGAUGGGCGGUCUUGCGACAUCGAAACGUUGCAAGACCUUCCCAAGGCUUUUUCCUCGUCCGCCGGUGGCAUGCUCUUAAGGACGGUCGGUUCCACGAGUCCACGCGCGCUCGCCUCGCUGCUAGCGGAUCUUGAUGUUGAACUGCGCGAUCGACUGUCAUUUCCUUGGCUUUCCAUGCAGGAACCGAAGCGUAAAACCUUGGCCCUCGUGGAAGGUGGCCGUCGUCCGCCGGGUCGCGGAGGAAACGGAGAGACAGUGUACAAGGCGGCGGAAGCUUUGGGAAUCGAUAUGAUCGUGCUUGACAAUCCGGGACAUUGGUUGGACGGGCCUCGCUGGGGCCACUGGUGCAAAAAGUUCAUCCCCGUGGAGUGUACGGAGCAAUCCGACCACGUUUUCACCGCGCGAGUCGUCGACGCCAUCCGCGCCUGGGGCGGCCAUCUCGACGGGCUCGUGACCUUCUGCGACCACUACAAAGUCCCGAUUGCCGCGGCCGCCAUGGAACUGGGGUUGCCGACGUACUCGCCCGAGAUCUUCGACAAUAUCACCAACAAGUUCAAGUUAAGCGUCUCCGAAGGUCGCCCGACGCAUCGGGCGUCGACCUUUGAGCAGGCCGCCCGCAUUGUACGGGAGAACCACCUCGAGUUCCCGCUCAUCAUCAAGCCCUCCCUCAUGGGAUUCCAAUCGGAAGGGGUAUACAGAGUCGAGAACCUGGAACAGAUCGAGGCCGGCAUGCAAGCCACCGAUACCGAGAGACACGGCCUGGAGUUCGUGAUUGAGAAGUACUGCGACGGGCCAGAAGUGGACGCCAACUUUGUGCUUUGCGACGGGGAAUUGUUGUUCUUCGAAGCGUCCGACGAGUUCCCCAAGGGCGCCGACGUCAAUGCCCAAGAGACCGGAAGUAGUCUCGGCACCUUUCUGGAGCUGGGGAACGUCCUGCCGUCUGGGCUCCCGGCCAAGGAGACGGCUGUGAUCCGGGAUUCUCUCCAUCAAAGUUUACUUCGAGAAGGCCUGCCGGACGGCAUUUACCACCUCGAAGCGCGCGUGCAGAACUCGAGCGUGGAAUACACCAUCCAGGACAACGUGCUGGACCUGACGCAGCGUCCCGUUCCUGCCAAAACGGAAAGGCAGCCCUCGGCCUGGUUGCUGGAGAUCAACCCCCGUCCGCCCGGCAUCCAGGCUGCAGACGCCAUCAAGCACACAUACGGAGUGGACUACUGGGGCCUUGCCCUCCUCUUCCCUCUUCAAGACCGCCAGCGAGUCCGUCAGCUUUCACAUCCGUUUGCGCGCGGAUCCCAGUACUGGUGCCAGAUGGUGUUUCUUCCGGUCGUCAAGGGUGGCAUCUGCCAAUCCGACGAUCCCUGUCUCGAGCUCUUCAGCCGACGGCCGGAUCUUCGGGCCCAUGUCUCCUGGUGGUGUACAUUUUGGACCAAGGGGCAGCGCGUCCCCGACCCCAGCGAGGGGCGGAAUACAUGGAUAGCCCACAUCAACGUCUUUUCCAGGACAUCUCGGGCGCACGCACUCGAGAUUGGCGAAACCGUUCGGAAGGAGUUCCGGUAUUCGAUCAUAUAG